AUGGACCCUCCCGCAGUUGCAGGCUUGCUUGACAAGGCCGUUGGCGCUGUUUCCGAAUCAUCUGAUUCUAUCACGGACACUAGCAUAUUCAACAUCUAUCGAAGCCUUCUCAAGGACGCAGAUAUUCUCUCCGGCCCUCUCAUGAGCAAACUACUCGACUCUCUGUCUUCAGGCUUUCUCACUCAGACAGACGCUGCGAUACGCGACGUGGACCAGGAAGAUCAACAGACAUAUGUGGCACACCAAGCGCCUCUAGAAAUGUACGCUUUCUUACUCGGGUGGUUUGUGACGGCAGCAGAGAAGGUGAGAGCAUCUGGGGGCGAGGACGUCAUGAUUGCUGCACCUUCGAGGUCGCGCCGUGGCAGAGGAGGAAAGAACGUGCAGGCCCGACACAACUCGAAGCAGAAGGCGGCGGAAUGGUCAUGGGAAGACCAAAUACCUCCGACACUUGCCUUGAUCAGUAAGGUGUUGAGGUUGAAGACGAACAAAUUGUGGACCACGACGGGCGAAAGAGAUACAUUCAUUGGGUGUUUGACACGUCCAGUCUACCAGCUCACUGAAAGUGAGCAGUAUAUGAAGUCGGCUCAUAUCAAGAUGGGGAUCUACAAAGUUAUAUGUCUCGCAGUAAAACAUCACGGUCACGCCCUCGGUGCUCAGAUCAGCAUCAUGCAGUCUCUCCAAUAUUUCGAGCACCUCUCCGACCCGAUGGCCGAGUGCCUCACGGUUCUAGCGAAGGAGUUUGACCACAGUCAGCUUGGUGACGAGAUUUUGAGGGAAAUAGCGGCGAAAAAUUUCAAUGCUCAGGAUACCAAAGGUCCUCGCGCUUUCUCCAAGUUCUUAAUCAGGUUUGCAGAGUUGGCGCCAAGGCCAGUACUCAAACAGAUUAGUUUGCUCCUGGCUCAUUUGGAUUCAGAGUCCUAUCCUAUGAGAAUGGCCAUUGUCGAAAUCAUCGGCCAUCUCAUCCGGGAACUAGCAUCAUCUCCAGAUAUCAUGGCAGAUGCACAUCAAACCCAGAAGCAACUGAACGGAUUUUACGAUCUUUUGUUGGAGCGCACACUUGAUCUGUCUUCCUAUGUUCGAACGAAGGUGUUUACGGUGUUGGCCCGGCUUUGCGAUCUCCCUGUCAAGUUCCCCAAACAAAGAUUGGCUAUCGCUCGUGCGGCGGUAGGUGCUCUGGAAGACAAGGGCGCAGGCGUUCGAAAGAGCGCCGUAGCUCUACUAGUCAGACUGGUCGUCACACAUCCGUACGGUUUGAUGCACGGGGGUCUUCUGGGACUCAAGGAGUGGGAGAACAGAUAUCAAACUGUCGCUGUAGAGCUAGCGAAGGUGGAGAAGACAUUGGGAGACGAGAUGGAUGUGGAUGAAGAAGGCGAAGAUGAAGAUGCGUCGAUGGACGAAGACAUGGAAGGUACUCCUCGCCCGAAGAAGGGUUCCAAAGGCGAAAGGAAGGUCAAAUCGAAGGGGCGCAAAUCUGAGAUGGACAUCGCGGCUCUUACGAACGAGCAAGCCGCACUCGCAGCUCUCGAAAGCAACCAAAUUCUGCACCUCAGACUUCGAAAGCGAUACUACGCUGAAGGGCUCAACUUUAUCCGGCAGAUCGAAAAUGCGAUGGAGAUGCUGAGUCAACUGCUAGGGUCAACAAACAAGGCAGAGGUGCUGGAGGCUAUGGAGUUCUUCCGUGUGGCGUAUGAAUAUCAGUUUGACAGCGCAGAGGCUGGGAUCAAGAAGAUGCUUCAUCUGAUCUGGACCAAGGACAACAAUGCUGUGUCAGAAGAUGGUAAGGAACUGAAGGGUGUACGUUCAAGGCUACUGGAGUGUUAUCGAAGUUUGUACUUUGACCCCCUUCCCGACAUGGAAGCCAAGCAACAGGUCAAUCGUAUUGCGAAGAACAUGAUUGAAUUGACAUACGACGCCACCCUUGCCGAACUGACUAGCCUCGAGGAAAUGAUGCGAUAUAUGAUGGAUGAUGGGCAGAUACACAGUGAUGUAAUUAGCAAACUUUGGCAGGUGUAUAGUGAGUCCAGCGGCUCGGACAGACAGCUGCCAAAGCAGCAACGAAGAGGAGCAAUCAUCAUUCUAGGCAUGCUAGCACUGGCACGACGCAGUGUGGUGACCGAUCGAGUCGAUACUCUCCUCAGAGUGGGUUUGGGGCCAUUAGGGAAGGCUGAUUUAAUCUUAGCCAAGUAUACCUGCGUAGCUCUCCAGCGUUUGAAUGGAAGUGCUAAGAAAGUCAAAGGCUCGCUCAUGGACAAUAAUGUGCGAAUUGACAUGGAAAACCCUAUCUUCCGGAAGUUGCAAGACGCCAUUGAACAUCCCUGCCGAUCGCGAGACUGGUUCGGCAUGGCUGAACAGGCGAUCAAUACUGUCUACGCAUUAGGAGAGCACCCGGACGACCUAUGCAACAAUUUGAUCAAGAACCUCACUCGGCUAGCUUUCACUCAUCAGCGAGGUACUGCAGCCUCAGCAGAUCCCGCCAAUGAUCCAGAUCCAAUGGACGAGGAUCUUUCUGAAGUAGUAGAUGUGACGCAGAACCCAUCAAUCUCCCAGGAGCCAGGUCAAGAGGCCAAAGAUACCGGUGAUGCGUUUGAGCUCAGCCAGCUAUUAUUUGCCGUAGGGCAUGUUGCAAUCAAGCAUAUAGUCUAUCUAGAGCUCGUCGAAAGAGAAUGGAAACGCCAGAAGCACGAGAGGGAAUUAGGUGAGAGACGCCUGUCUUCGGAUUUGCCGACUCAGUUGCUGAUACUUCUUACAGCUGAAAAAUUAGCAGCGGGGACUGAAGACGCCUCGAACCCGGCCAAGGAUGGUGAGGAGCUUGAUCAAGUAGCUGGGAAUGCAGAAGACGAGAUCGGCGAACGCAUAGCGGGCAUCCGAGAGUCCGAGCUCCUGUACGGGCCUGACUCUCUUUUGGCGCUGUAUGGCCCUUUACUGGUUCAUAUCUGUGGAAGUCCUCACAAAUUCAAGAAUCGGACGCUGCGAGCGGCAGCAACACUGUCGUUCAGUAAAUUCCUCUGCAUAAGCUCACAGUUCUGUGAUCAACACCACCGGCUACUUUUUAAGAUCCUGGAGACAUCUAAGGAUCCCAACAUCCGAAGUAACGUCGUCAUCGCUCUUGGUGACGUCGCGGUUUCCUUCAGCAAUAUCGUCGACGAGAACAGCAACGAGCUGUACAAGGGCCUUUCCGACGUGGACCUUGUGGUCAAGAAGAACACGCUUAUGGUGCUUACUCAUUUGAUCCUGAACGGCAUGAUCAAAGUCAAGGGUCAACUGGGUGAGAUGGCGAAAUGCCUCGAAGACGAGGAGCCUCGAAUCGCAGACCUGGCGAAGCUCUUCUUCACAGAACUAUCUACGAAGGAUAACGCUAUAUACAAUAAUCUGCCGGACGUGAUCAGCCAUCUGUCAGUCGGUGAACAUGCAGUGGACGAGGAAGCAUUCCAGAGCACCAUGAAGUACAUCUUCUCCUUUAUCGAAAAGGAGAAACAAGCAGAGAGCAUUGUGGAGAAGCUCUGCCAGCGAUUCCGCCUGUCCGAAGAGCCGCGCCAAUGGCGUGACAUCGCGUUUUGCCUGUCCUUGCUGCCGUUCAAGUCAGAAAGAUCUGUGAAGAAGCUGAUUGAGGGCUUGCAAUAUUAUCGCGACAAGCUGCACGAAGAGACCGUCUACAACCGCUUCCAGGAAAUCCUAGCGAAGGCUCGGACCAACAAGUCCACGAACAAACCAGAUUCUGAGCUGAACGAGUUUGAGAGUAUUCUCGAAGAGCACAGACGCCAGGGUGAAGAGGAUCAAGCAUUCGAGAAGCGAGUCCGCGGCAAAAAGGCAGCAGCCAAGAAGCGCCAGACAAAACGAUCGCGUAAGAAAGUGGCUGUCCAAGAAGAGGAUUCCGAGUAGAUGGCUGUGGAGAAUUGGUUCCAGCGAGGUUCAGUUGUAUUGCCCAUGUAUCAACACUUGUACUGAUAAAGCACCUUGACGAUGUCAAACGGGAAGAUGCAGGAGAUGCCUGGUGAAAAAAAUGCGGAGGAAGUUAGGGGUACCCGACGAAGGAAGGAAAGCAAGGGACCAAAGGUCAGUGCGAAAAGCAAAUAAACGAUAAGGAGUGUGAGGGCACUUGCGCAGAAUUCCGCAGUGAGAAGAAAAACCCAGUCAAAGAGUGUGGUGAGACAUGAAAGUCCCGAAGCGAAGAAAAAAAUAGGAAUAUCCAUAUGAUAUGAUAGGCGCGUAAGAUAUGCAGGUACAAAGCAGUUGUUGGAUGCGACGAAGAGAAAUAAGUCCUUGUGUCAAUGCGAUAGACAAAAAGAAGAAAAGACGAAGAAAAAGAAGAUAAAGACAAGAAACCCCGAUUACUCCGCCUUGAACUUGGCACCACCUUCACCGCCCCGCAUGAUCGCUUUCAUGAAAGAGAAGAAUCGAUCUGCAUACUCUAUUGGUGGAACUGGACUGAUCUUGUGCCGAUCAGCCGAGAGCCCCUUCCAGAGAUGCUCGAGCUUCUUCGCGGUCGUGUACGGCGUCAGAAUGUCGAUGACCCCCACAUAAUAAAUCGUUUCCAUCAGUUCGUUCUGCUCGUCGGUCGCCCGCAGCCCGCCUUCAUCUUGAUAAAAAAUGAAGUGUUGACGGUCGCCCGUGUCUUCUUCAGGAAGCUGUAUUGUGCCGUGGCCAAGCCCUUUCAGGUCAGACUCGCGCAUGGCUCUGCGCAUCGCAACGGCCUCCGGGGAAGACCCGUUGACUUGUGUCGGUUUUCGGCGUAUAUGCGGCACGUCAGGCGAGAAUACCUUGAGCGUCCGCCUUCGCACGUUGUCGCGAUUCCCGCGCUGCAUGUUGUGGAUGCCGACCAGCAGACUGUAGUCCAUGACCCACAGCUUCUUCAAAAACUCAGAAUCGCGACGCAGCUGCUCCGUCAAAAGUGCUUGCUUCUCCGGACCCAAGUUGAGCGACUUUUCCCUGUUGAUCCAAUUUAGG